AAAGAUUUUUUAAGGCCCCCCCUAUGGCAAUCGAAGCAGCCCUGACAAGAAAAACGAGAUAGUGUGCGGUUGAUCGGUCAUGCAAUCUGUCAAAUAUUCAAAAAAUAAAGUUUGUUUACAUUUUGAACCGAACGAUAGCUCUCACGAUGUACAACGGCGAAUGAUUAAAAAAAGGCUACAUCAGUGAUGAAAAUGUUGUAUGUAAUGUGUAAAAUAAACAGCCGAAAAAUUAUAAAUGGUGGUAGAAUCGACUUCGCACGCCUGAAAGCCGUUUAGGGUAAGUAAAGCAUAGCUAAUAUUUGUAAUAUUAAAUCAAUUAAAGCGGUGUUUUCUAUGCAGCUGUUGUGCAACCGUGUUGAGCCGGCGAACGUUCGAAAGCGGGAAGAAAGAAUGCCGGCAAUCCAACUAAACGAUGUUCGAUCAUGGAAAACAAGUUAAAAAGCAUACAAAGCCCGCUCGCCGUUGGACGCUUGGACAAUUCCUUUUACAAGCAUUCGGUGACCAGUUUGCGAAACGUCUUGCCGCACGCCUGGUACAGACCCUUCUUGUCCGCCCCGGCAUCGAUCGUGGACUGAUCGUUCGGCAGCGUCAGCAUCAUCACCUUCAUCUGCGGGUAGUUGUGGUACGGCGCAGUUCCGGUCGCUAUCUCGAUCGGGGUAACGCCGAACGACUAGAAGCCGUAUCCGUGGUCCCGCUCCAUCUCCUCCGGCGCCAUCCAACACGACGCCAGCCGAUAAACGUGUGGUACACCUUCUGCCGCGACAUGUCUCCAUCGGUGGCGAGCCACGCGCUCAUCCGCUAUAUUUAAGGAGCCGUCGUCGCCGGGCAGUAUGAUGGCCACCUUGAUGUCCACGUAAUGAGCAAUGCGAAAUGUGCUCUCAAUUGGCAAGCGCACAGCAAGAAACGUUACCGACAGUCUUUGUCGCCGUGAAAAUGCUUCUAAUGCACGGGUGAGUUGCAUUAUAACUACAAGCAUACGUUUUUUUUCCUUUCUUUAGUUUCAGCUAAUGCCAGACGAACGAUCGAAUGACUGUUGCUUCGGAAGGGAGGUCGCAUUACAGAUACCGACUUGGACAUGAUCCAGUCGGUCGGUUGCAGUUGCUCCAUGGUGCUUCGGAUAAGGCAACAACGGAGAAGCGCUCCGGACGCUCCGGAGAAGCUGAUCGAGAUCGGCGAAGCGGUGUAGUGUUGUGAUAUAGUGAUUGUGUGUACAUUUAAGGUGUAAAGGGUGAUUAAUGCUAGUAACGUUGUGUAAUGUUAUGCAGAACAAAAAGCAGCAUAAAUGGCGAUGAGCCAGCAUUGUUUAAAGGUGCCGGAUGUUAUACGUUAGAGCCGUUCUUUGUGGUGUGAUGUGUUAAUAUAUUAAACCAGUAUUAGGAUUAGGAUAUAAUUAGGAUUUAAACCAGUGCCGUUGAAUAAAAUAGUGUACAACAGGUUAGAAAACAU